AUUCCCGAAAAGAAAAGCCAUAAUGCGCUCCGUUUUGGCAGCGGUUCUUAUGACUUAACUUUCAAGCACUGAUCCUUUGCAUAUACACAUCUCGAAUUUUCGAAUCAGACGUUUUUUUGGUUAUCUGCAUUUAAAACCGUUGUUUUAGCAGCCUAAAUAACCUUCAGAUUUUGAUUCUCUGUCUGUUGUUCCAGAAAACCUAGAGCGGGAAGUCGCAGUUACUCAGAUAACCAGGUCAUGGCCUCCUGAUUACCCUGAGCCGCGCGCAAUCAGGCAACAAGGCAAUCCAAACAAUAAGCAUUCAAACGAUAGAAUUCACCACAUAAACUAAGAAUUACAAGUAGGAUCAAUCACGAGCCGCUGAAAAACAGGAAACGAGAGAGGAAGUAAAUAUUUGAGGAGGAUCUGCUCAGUUUCACUAGCUUAUGGAACAAGAGAAUAAGAUUAAAGAAGCUGACAAGCCUGCAGAAGCGUCUGCCACGUCACUGGCAUCAGAACAAACAAACGAGGAAGCUGCCAGGAAAUCACAAUCAUCUGAAAUGAAUAACAGGAGAGCGGAGAAUCCUGGGGAAGGACCCGUUAAAGCAGAAUCAUCAAAAAAAAGAACCCCCAAAUCACUGAAGGCCAAAUCUAAAAUCAAGAAGGGAUCCCUAGGUGGCAUCUCUUUAAAAACCGAGAAAACUAAAGACAAUCAACAGUUUUGGGGGAGAAACCGAAAGAAGAAGAAUAAGAGUGCAAUUAAAGAAAAGGAAGAAGAUAACAAAAAUGAGUCUGCAAAUAAUAAGAACCAGAGUUCAAGGGAAGAUAAAAGACAAAAGAACAGCGCCCUUGAAGAGCAUAGUGGUAAGGGCCAAGGGACCCAAAAGAACCAAGAAAAUAUUGCUGGCUGUAGUAGAAGCCAACGUAACCAAAAGAGUGAAGAUAAGCAUGGUGGCCAAGAUAAGAGCUCGAGGAAUCCAAAGAACAAAGGAAAGCUUGAUUUGAAGGAAAAGAGCCAAGGAGAUCAAAAGAAGAAAGAGAAGCUUGGUGGUUUGAUCUUUAUGUGUAAUUCAAGGACCAAACCAGAUUGUUUCCGUUAUCAAGUCAUGGGGAUGACAUCAAGUAAAAAAGAUCUUGUUUUGGGUGUGAAACCUGGACUUAAGCUUUUCCUGUAUGAUUUUGAUUUCAGACUAAUGUAUGGGAUCUACCAAGCAUCUUCUUCAGGUGGAAUGAGACUGGAGCCCAAGGCUUUUGGUGGUUCCUUCCCUGUUCAGGUGCGGUUCAGUGUCCAUAAGGAUUGCGUUCCACUCCCUGAGAGUGUUUUUAAGAAAGCUAUAAAGGACAACUAUGACGCAAGCAACAAAUUUGACAUUGAACUUACCAUUCCACAAGUGAGGAAGCUCAGCGAACUUUUCCGACCAGUUGCAUUCCAGUCUGUUAAGUUAGCUGCAGUUCCUGUCCAUUCUGUACCAGUGACAACUAUUCGGGAAAGGGAAGUUUAUGAUAGACUAAGAGAGUCACGACCCCAUUCAGAUAGGGAAACAUUUGUGAGAGUCAAUGGUGAUAGUAGGAGGUAUCCUGUACGCUCUCAUGAGAGGGAUCAGCAUAUUGAGCACCGGGAGGUGGUACCAAUACAUAGAGAGGAAGCUCCCCAUGAUUUAUACAUGAGCGAAAAGGAGUAUCGUACUUAUGGUCUUCAAAGAGAGAGAAGAAACUUGACUCCUUCACAUAUUGCUGCUUCCGCUCUAGAUCGCUAUCCUAGGAAUCUUGAAAAGGAGCACCUUCUUAGACAGCCAGCCCCUCCGCACAGUGAUACUGUCCCUGUGCUUAGAGAAUCAGUUCUUGCAGAUCCACUCUACUCGACUCAGAGAGAGUUCUGCACAUAUAAUAUUGGUGGUAGAAGUGAAUUGCUAAAUGCAGCUCCUUCAGUUUCUGCAGUGUCAUCUAGUUCUGCUGUUGCAGCAUUAGACUCCUAUAGAAGGGAUCCAUUUAAUUCUUACCAGUUUGGUACUUCGUCUGCGAGUGUGUAUUCCCUGCCUCCAAGGAGGGAAGAAGUUUCUUUAGGUUCCUAUUAUAUUGAUGGUAGGAGAAAGACUUACCUAUCCGAGGCUGAUCCUUUGCAUAGGAGAGAAACUGAUCCAGUGAAUAAAUUAUACUUGAAGUAUGGGGUUGAACCAUUAUCAGAUUAUAAACAGGUACAUGAAGAAGCCAAACGAGAAACUGUGCCUCCACCUGUUUCAUCGCGGUACUCAUUUGCGGGUCCAUCUGUGUCUUAUCGAUAAGUGAAAUCACAUUAAUUUCAAUCCUUUUGAGUUGCCUAUAUUUAAUGCAUAAGACAGAUUUCAGUUGUAGACAGUUGCAAGGAUGCAAGCAUCAGUAGGCUCUUUAGGGUUGUGUUUUAUUCCUUGCACUAUAUCAAGAUUUGAAUUGUUAGUUUUAGUUCCAGCAAGUUCGGAAGGGAAUUAGCUUCCACAUUCAUAUUACUAAUAUAUGCUGGUAACCUCUAUCUGAGAUGCAUUUCCAUUUUUAA